AUGGAGAUACUACAGAAGAGCUAUUAGAAUCGUGCUAUUAGAGAUCAAAAACAAUUUUGGGAUCAAGCAAAGAGUGGCCUGAAACUCUCACUAACACAGGCAACUUAAGCGAUGACGAAACUAAUAAUCCUGCAUUCUACAACUGGAAUAAAUUAUACAUUCCUUAUUGUGAUGGGCAACUUUACUAGGGAAGAGCUACUAUUUCUUACAAAAAUACUACUUUGUAUUUUAGAGGAUAUGACAAUGUAGUGGAAGUCUUUAAUAUACUAAUAAAAAAAUAUGACAUUCAAUCGUCCAAGAUAGUUGUAUUAUCAGGUGGAUCUGCUGGAGGUUUAGGUGCCUUCUAUUGGAACUAGUACUUAAGAAAAAUAAUAAACAAAAACACUUUAGUUAUUGCAGCUCCUGAUUCUGGUUUUUUUAUAGAUAUCAUAAAAUAAGAUAGAAGUUAAGCUUAUAAAAAAAUUGAUUUAAUUACUGGUGGGAAUAGGAACCUAAUCUAACCUGAAGGAUGUCCUUAUCUUUACUAAAAUGAUUAAAUUUACAAAUGUACAUAUGCUUAGUAUAUAAUAGAUUUAAUGCCUGUCCCAGUUUUUAUUAUCAAUUCCUUAUACGAUACAUAUAUCUUAAAAAACACUCUCCAUGUAAAUUGUGUUACACCAACUUUAGGGCUUUAAAAUUGUAGUUAAUAAGAUAUCGAAAAAGUUGAAGAUUUGA